AUGGCUGGCUCUCCAAGUAAGUAUGCACCUCUCUCUCACUCUGUUAAAAUAAAACCCCUUGCUUCUUCUCUUCCCCAAACCACUCCAAUAUACACCACCUCUAAAACUCCUCCCUCAACCACCAGAACCUCUAACUCACCCUCACUUAAAUUCAACCUCGCUACCACCACACUACCUGUUUCUGAAGCAGAAAUGUUGAAUGAAACGACUUCACCAUCAUCAUCACCAUAUCCACAAUCCCCACUAUACUACAUACUCUCCUCUGACAACGAACCAUCUGACCCCCAAUCCCCCACUCUGGCUCAGCUACAAGCCCGUGCUCUGGCCUCUCAACAGCCAUCACACUCUGAACCUGAACCAGAAGUCACUUCCCCACCUCCUAAACAUCAAAAUCCAACUAUAUCUGAACAACCUCAAACACCACCACCUGCACAACAACCAAAUCCACCUCCUGAACAACCAAUCAACUCUGAACCGCAACUAACCCACUCACCAUCUGAACCAAACCCACAACCUGAACAAAUAACACAAUCACCUUCUGCCAUUCCCACACCCACAACUUUUGUUGCCUCCAUAACUCCCACACUAAAUCUCAGUGCCCUAAACUCACCUUCUCCAUCCUCCCCAGCCUCUGCCACUAAACCAGAGACUACCCUCCCUACCCUAGAAGAAGCAAUAUAUGUUUUUGCAGAGUCUUCAAUAGAGAAGGUCAAGUCUCUGACCAUCAAUUCUGGCAUUAGUGAUGAUCCCUCUGCAGCUGAGGCAAUAGCUAAAGCCAAAGCUAAAGAAGCAACUCGUAUAGCUGCAGAAGAAGCUGCCAAAGCCAAAACUGACCCUCUAACUCAAGGGGAGGACUCCAACUCUGGGUUUUUCCCUCUGGUCUUGAAGAUUCUAGAGGAACUACAGAAAGAAUAA